AUGAGGAACAAGAAGAGGUUCCAACAAAAGAAGAACAGGGGCGAUUGGCAGAGUAAACGGCCUAGAACAGCUGGAGUCACUCUGUGCCCUAAGUGUGGGAAAAAUCAUUUGGGGGAGUGUCUAAAAGAGUUCGGUCCGAAUAUCUGUUAUAGGUGUCGUCAGCCAGGGCACCUAAUGAGAGAUUGUAAAGCUCUUCCUCCACCAGCAGCACAGGCCCCUAGAGGCACGAAUGCCAGGGUGUUUACCGUGGCACAGGGUGAGGUAGAGGCCAGUCCUUCAGCUGUAACUGGUCAGUUAUUCUUUCAUACAUUUCCUCUUUAUGCUUUAAUAGAUUCUGGAGCCACGCAUUCCUUUAUGUCUCAUGGGAUGAUAGAAAGAUUGGGUCUGAAGCCUGUUGUGGUAGAUCAACCCAUUAGGAUAGAGUUACCCGAUGGGAUUAGUGUUUUGACCCGUGAGAUGCUCCCAGGAGAGUCUGUAAUGAUUCAUGGAAGAGAACUGUUAGUUGAUCUAAUAGUGUUUGAUAUGCCUGAUUUUGAUGUGAUAUUGGGGAUGGAUUUUCUAGGGAAGCCAUACUGUUCUCAUGAAGGGAUUUCGGUGGACCCUAGUAAGGUAGAGCAACUUGAGUGGCAAAGGCCGAAAUUGGUAAAAGAAGUGAGAAGUUUCUUGGGGCUAGCAGGUUAUACCAGCUUCGUAGCAGGGUUUGCCCAGUUGGCUAAGCCAUUGACAGCUCUUACCAAGCGAGAAUUCCUUUUAUAUGUCAACGGCUUGUGA